UUAAUCAGAUACCCUAAAACAAUGCCAAACAUUGAUAGAAAAAAUCAUUCGAAAGGAGUUAAACGUAGAGCUCUGCAGUUGAAAGGAAAAAUACAGGCGAAAUCUCUCCGCAUUGCGUGAAUUUGAAGGCGAGGCCACCGGAAAACACUGAAAUCUGAGAGAUGUCAGCUUCGUUGCUUAAACAAUUGCAAGAGAAACUUGUGAUUGGGAGUAGGUAUGUGGCCAAGAAUGGAUCUGAACUAUACAAGCAAACCCUAGAAAAUAAUAAGCAUUAUAUUGACAAGGAGCCCACGGUGGAGAAAUGUCAGGAACUUUCCAAACAGCUUUUUUACACUCGUCUAGCCAGUUUGCCUCAUCGCUAUGAAGCAUUUUGGAAGGAAAUUGAUGCUUUGAAGAAGAAAGCAAUGGCCAGACAAGAUCUAAAAAUAGAAGAGGUUGGAGUGGCAGCCUUGUUUGGCUUAGAAUGCUAUGCGUGGUUCUGUGUGGGAGAAAUUUUUGGUAGAGGAGGUACAUUGACUGGAUAUUACCCUUGAGUAAUUUACUCUAGAAAUGAGUAACUUCUAUAGAUGUUAGAUUAACUCAAGUCAAUUUUGGGCCAUUUUACUUUUUGUUUUGCAGCACCUCAGAAUAUGUUAUCAAAAAGCCAUAUUCUAGGAGGUGCCAAAUAUGUUAAAAUAUACUUACAAUUUGUUUGAUUUGUGCUCGUGUUUAUAAGACAUUGAUUUUUUCGGUGAAUGCUGAUAUUUCAUGUCUUGUAACUUAAAUGGCACAAAAUAUGAGUACACUUAUGAUUGUGUUUGGUAUCUGCCCCCGUUUCUUAAGAUGUUGAAUUUUGGUGGAUGCUGGAAGCUCAAAGUAUUGUCACUUAAAUAACUCAAAACAGAAGUUAAAAUAAAAUUUAUUGAGUUUGGGAA